AUGAAAACAUAUAAAAUCUUGGCUUUACCUGGAUGGGAAAAUGAUGGAUUCAUUUUGAAAAAACAUAUGGGGGAAUUGCAUGGUCUGAUAUCAAAAUAUGUAGAAAUUGAGUAUCUGGAUCCUCCUUACGAUGUUUCAAAAAGUAUGUUCCCUCUUCCCCCUUUAUUGGAUACUUAAGGAAGUAAUCAGAUCUAAUUAUUGUAUAGGAAAAGUGUAUAGAUGGGGGAAUUAUUAUUUGGAUAUGUCAGAAGACAUUGAAAGAAUAAAAAAUAGAAUUCUUGAAAAUCCUAACAUUAUUGGAUUGAUGGGAUUCUCAUAAGGGGUCUUUAUAAUUGGAGAAAUUGGGUAACUGGCUUACACAGACUCAAGACUAGCCAAACAUCUAAGGUUUCUGAUUUGCUUUUCUUCAAAUGGAAUCAAACCUCGUAGAAUUCAUUAUGAUAAAAAACAUCUAAUUACUAUACCUACUCUUCAGACAAUAGGUUCAAAGGAUUUUGUAUUCCUGGAAUCGAUUAUUUAAACAACAGAAUAUUUGAAUUCCCAAAUUAUUUGGACAGAAGCAAGUAUAUUAAGAUGUAAUAUUUAGCUCAUAGAGUUCCAAUUUUAAGUUAUGAUUAGAAAAUUGAGUUGGCUAAUUUUAUCUCUGAUAAAUUAGAUUAACCAAAACUCUGAAUAAUUAGAAAGUA